AUGAUGGGAGUACUACUUGUGUAUAUUUUAGUUGCUUACCUCAUUAACUACUUAGAACAAGAAUCCCCUUUCCUAUACGGAGUACUUAUAUCCGCUUACUCACCCCACACGGACUCCCAAGAUAUUUAUGAUCUGACCCCAGACAUGACAGAUCUCAAGCAAGGCGUGCGAAUCCCCAAAAAGGGGGAAUAUAGAUCGCUAGUUCAGUCAAGAUCUGUUAAUUCUGUUAGUUGGGGUACGGAGAAUAUUGGCAUCCAUAUAUCUACCAUCUACAUGUGUAUAUGUGAUCUGGGGGUUUUAGUGGGGAUUAUUCGCCAGUGUAAUACAAUGGAGCUGUAUGAAUCGCCAAGGAACUAUUUUCUGAGUCUGAUAAAUGUGGCUUGGGAAGUGUUGGUGGCGUAG